AUGAAUCAACCUUAACUUCAAGGCAUCAAUGUUCAUGCUUUAGCUCAAAAAUGCAAGAGCAAGAAAGAGCUUUACAAUUUCUUGACCCAAGAUUGCUAGGCAUUCUUACCAAAGAUCGAGUCAACAAAUAUCUACUUCUUCAAGUAGAUUUUCAGAGCACAGAAAGAUGUAAGUAUUAUAGAACAUAAUUCUCUCUUACUCUAGUACUUAAGAAGAGAUUAAGUAAAAGUGUCAGCAGUGCCUUAAAUCGAAGGACUCACAGUUCAUGACUUCCUACAGUUUGCGAAGCUCAAUCCACAGCAUCUCAAAUACCUUCCAGAUGAAAGAGACUGGGUUCAUCUCGAUCGACAAUGGAUUUGUGAUGUACUCUAUACUUUAGAUCCAGAUGAAAUCUAGACUAAAAUAAACUCUGCAUAGCAAAACAGAAAGGAAAGACUAGAGUAGAAUCGAGACUUAGUUGUAGAGAUGCGACCAGAGUUCGCAGAUGCACUCAACAGAUGCCUCAACUUCAGCACUGAAAGAGGAAAAUCAGCUAAUCUAAUGAAGGACUCUUCAAAGCGAAAACGCAAAGCUAAUGAAAUCAGAGAAGUGGUUGAAGAAGAGAAAUAGCUUCGCAAUGAUAAGCACACUUACCUCUAAGAAGCUAAGAGACUUAAAGAUCAGCAAAGCAACUUUCAAGAUGAACUUAUUGUCCUCAAGAGAGACAAGGAUGCUCUCAUGGAUUUGUUUGAAGCAAACAACCUAGGGAAUUAAGUUGAGGAAUUCAAAUUCUGA